UGUGGGGAAGACUCCGCCCAAACCGGAUGUUUUACUGCAUGUAUGUACUGUUAGACUCUCAAGAUUCAUGUUUUUCUAUUUACAAUUUGCAGGUAAUCCAAACAAUUAUUAAAUCUUGACAUGCCGUCGUAAAAUAUUCCCGAGGAUGCAAUCCGAAGAGAAGGACGCGUUUCCUUUUGUCGAGGACAGCUUUUCACGUUUUCCUUCGCAAAGUAAUAUAUAUGGACUAUGUCAGGCUGGAGAGCAAGAGCUGCUGGCAGCAACCCUGAAAGGCAAAGUGGUGUGUUUCAGGUAUCAAGAACUCCAACAAAAAAUACGACCUGUUGCUAAAGAGGUACAGUUCACGUACAUCCCAGUUGAUGCCGAGAUUGUAUCAAUCGAUGCCUUCAACAAAUCUGCACCAAACAGAGGGCUGGUAGUAGGGAUCACGUUUAUAAAGGACUCCGGUGACAAAGCCACCCCAUUUCUGAAUAUCUACUGUGACUAUGAACCUGGCUCCGAGUUCAACCUGGAGUCCAUCGCACAGAGUUGCCUGAAUCUGGAAUUGCAGUUUACACCUUUCCAGCUCUACCACACAGAGGUCCAUUGUGAAGGUGGAGGACGCGAGACAGUGUUUCUGCUCAGCGGCCACGACCAGAAGAUACACCUUUACAAAGAGAAUGCGUCCCUCCACCAGUUUGAGGAGCAACCAGUGGAGAGGCUCUUUCCAGAGCUACAGAAGCUGCCUAGCAAUGUCCUGUGGCUGGACAUGCUGAGUCUUCCCGGCGGCCGGAGAUUCUCCACCUACGGUUGUCAGAACGGCUGCGUUGGACUGGCCCUGGUUGACCAGAGCAAGCCAGAGGUGUUGCAGAGCUGGCAAGUGCUACAGGACAGCCCCAUAUCCACAGUGCUGCUAUUCUCCCUGAACAGCGACUCCCCCAGCACCACAGCAGAGGUGAAAGGCGAAGAAAUGGGUAGUUACAAUCUUCUGGUCACCAGCACUAUAGAGACGGCUAUUGUCUACAGAGAUAUCCAGGAGCACGGUAUGUCCCAUCCAGAGUUCCUCCUGGAAAGCGACCAAUGGGAUGCAGUGCUUUGUGCCCUUGUCGUUGACCUGGAUUUUGACGGGCAGAAGGAAGUGCUGAUCGGAACCUAUGGACAGGAAUUACUUUGCUAUAAAUUCCAGGAGCAGUCGCACAGUGGAUCUGAAAGGCAGUUUCAAAUGGUGUGGAGGCGGAGCUUCAAGAGCCCAGUGCUAUCCAUUACCUACUCGGACCUGACCGGGGACGGGCUAAAAGAGCUCGCUAUUCUCACACUGAAGGGACUGCACAUUAUGCAGCAUUCCCUCUCCAGCACUGCUGAUUUGGUUCUCCAGAGACUCUCCAGAAGACUGUCCAUAAUGACCCCUGGCUCUGAAUUGUCUUCGGGUCACGAUAGCCAGGAUAAGGCCGACACAGUUAGGGCACCAGAGUCGACUUGCCAACCACCACCACCACCAUGAAAUAAAAGAUUACGACCAUCUGCUUGGCCUGAACCGCGGUCAACCUUCACCUUUUGGACUAUUUAAAGAUGUAGCUAAAUAAAUUAGUUAAUUCACUUUUUGUUUGGAUUAGUUACAACUUUUAGGAAUUAGCCUCGUCGUUGGCCAAGAAAACACAUACUGUAUCGAUAUAUUGCUUGAUUGUAAAUUAUAAAUAAAACUGUACAUAAAGUUGUAAGACCUUCAA